AUGAGCAAAGCUUAAUCCUAAACUUAAAGUAAAGGCUUUGAUAGUUUCGUUAGUUCCCUAUUUUCUACUAAAAAGUCCAAAGACUAAAAAGAAGAUAAAAUAUCUAAAACUCAAGUUUAAUAAGAUGCACAAUAAAAUCAUGAACCAAGAGAUAUAGGUGAUUUAGAGCUUUUAUAAGCUUCUCUUGGAAUCUAAAAAGAGAAAUAAUCAAAAUAAUCCAGAAAAGAUUCCAAUGAUAACUAGAAUAGAAUCAAGGGGGUGGGUCUAGGAUUUGAUAAAAAUAUGACUCAAUCAGAAAGAUUAGCUAUGGAGUAGGUUUAAAAGUUAAAAAACUAGAUCAAAACAGGGGAUAAAUAGAAUAAUGAGGGUUAAAAGCUGAAUAAGAAUGCAGUGAAAAAUGAUCAAGAAAGCAAAUUUACAGGUAUUGAGAAAAAAUAAGCAGCGGGUGAUAGUAAGACUAAUAUGAUUGAAAGUAAUAAGGAGAAGAAAAGAGUAAAAAAAGAAAAAUAAAAGCAGAAAAAAUCUGAAGAGAAAGCUAAGACUUUGUAGGAAAGCAAUAAAGCCAUUGAUAAGGAUCAAAGUAAAAACAAAGACAAGGCAAAAGUUGAAGAUGAUAAGCCUAAAGUUCAUGUUUAUUUACAAAAUCUAGACAAGGAAGAUUAGUUGAAAGUUAAACAGGAGAAGUCUAAAAUAUAUAUGAGAAUUAAAAAAUUCGAUGAGAUGAAGACAGAGGAAUUGAAGCAAUAUGCGAAAGAAAAGGGAGGUGAAAUACCUUAGAAGAAGUUCAGAACUAAGACAAGAUCCAAGUAAAAGAAUCUCAAGAAAGACAAAAGGCCUAUUGAAGUAAAGAAACAAAAAUUAGCUGAAAAGGGUAUUAAUAUCAUCGCAUGA